AUGGAGAACGAUCUUGAGCCAGUAAAAUUAGUUUUCCUUGGAGAUUCAUCGGUUGGAAAAACCUCCUUUCUACUUAAUUUCACCAAUGGUCAGUUGAUGGAAGCAGACAGUUCGGUGGUCUGUGACUUCUCAGACAACAUAGCAUUAGACGGAACGAGAUAUCACGUUAAUUUCUGGGACAUAAACGGCGAUUUGGAAGACCGUCUUCGGCCUCUCGUAUACCCUGGAACCAGCGUAUUUAUGCUAUGUUUCGAUAUUUCAAAUCGCACAUCAUUUGAGAACAUCAAAGAUUCAUGGACUACUGAAAUUCGCCAAUAUAUGCCAGAUACCCCUUCGCUGUUGAUUGGCAACAAGAUGGAUCUCAGGGAUCAA